CUCAUUUAGUCAACGUCAAGUAUGUGUAAUGUAUUGUUGUCAUGUUGUAUAGAAAUUUGUUCGAUUUACAGCUUUUACUAAUAUUGUCAUUAGCUGCGCUUGGCAAGCAAUUUGUGGUAGGUGAGAAGCGUGUGAGGCGUCUGGCCACACCAAGCUUUAGCAUCGAUGUCUAUGAAGGGCUGGCCAAGUAUGUGGUGUCCAUCAGAUCGCGUACGCCGCGCACAUUCUUUGGCGAUAAUCAUUUCUGCGGCGGCUCCAUAGUAUCGCUUACAUAUGUGCUAACCUCCGCGAAGUGUGUGAUGGACAAGCGCAAGAUCGUUCACCGAAGUCGAUUGAUACUGAUUGUGGCUGGAACCCCCAAUCGUUUAAAGAUCGUCCGUCGUCAGACUCUGCAUGUGCCGGCCAAGAAGAUAUUUGUGCCCGAAAACUAUACAGUGUAUAAUACGAACAAUAUUGCGCUCAUUAAGUUGAAACAUAAGCUGCCCUCGGACAAUCGCCACAUUGGGAUUUUGAAUUUGCCGCGCGGGCCACCCACAACUGGUAUUUUCUACAAGGUCAUGGGCUGGGGGCGCCUCUAUGAGGGCGGGCCUCUCGCUUCCAGAAUUGUCUUUAUCGAUGUCAUGUUGCAGGAGCGUGUCAUAUGCCAGCGAUUGCUACAUCCCUUCAUGCCGGAAAUGAUGUGUGCCGGCAACUUGAAUUCCACUCUAGACGAAGAACCCUGCCCGGGCGAUGCCGGUGAUCCGCUUAUGGUUAACCUAACUGUUUAUGGCGUGACUAGCUAUCACGUCGGCUGCGGCCACAGUCUGUUGCCUUCCGUCUAUACGGAUGUCUGGUAUCACAUGAAGUGGAUCGAUGAAAUCAUGAACAGCAAUGUCUGCCGGAUGUAUAACCCUCCGACUGUCUACUUUUUCGCCUCGAUUUUGUUAUGUAUGUGUGGGGAGUUCCAUUUUAAUCUGAACCUUUAGCUAUUUUUUUUUUUUUUGAGACUAGUGUAUUUAUUAUUUUAAUUAAACCCUAUUGUUCUUUGAACUUUGCUAUAGAAAGCUGACUUGGAACUGGCCAAACAUUUAGAUACUUAGUUGAAAGGAUGCCAGGAAAGUAGUGUGAAUUUUCGUUUUUAGAUAAACAACUUUUGUUUAAAAUUCACUCAAAUAUUCUUAAUUCCUUGAUGUCUUGACCCAAGUGAUAAGUUGUAAAAUACUAUAAAUUGUUGAUCCAUUAUCAAGCUUGUUUUAUGUAGGAUUUAGGCAGAAUCCAUUAA